GUGGGCCAAUGAGAUUCUCCGACAGUCGGUCACGUGGGCUCAACCCUCCAAUAGGAAAAUGAGCCAUUCUUUGUGUACCUUUUCACAUAGCAAUAAAACAGAUUGUGGUUUUUAUGGAGUGAGUGGUGUUAUAUCUGUCAAUCUUAUGUGUUUAAAUACGUAAAUGUGUGAAAUUCAGGAUUUUGCUAUUGAGCAUAAGGAUAUUUAUAUAAAGAAAUAUUCGGGGUGCUCAGAAAUGGACUUAUACAUCACCGACUCACUCCAGGAUAUGCUGGACAUGGAUAUCAAGAACGAGAUGGCCACAGAUCUCAGCAGUAUAACGGACUUUCCGGAUUCACUGGGACUAAAUUUUUCCGAACUCCCACCCCUAUUAGAUAUGGAUACAGACAAUUCUGCGAUAUGGCUCAACAACUCGUCUAAUAGUUUUGUUCACAAUUUAGACCUAUACGGUUCCGAAGCAAACGCCGUAAUGGUGAAUCCAAAUUCUGUAAUGCCGUCCACAUUCGCAGAAACUCCUGUAAAGAGCAUCGUUAAGGAAGAGGCGUCAAAUUUAUUACUAACGUCAGCAGCCAACAAUGAUUCAAAUAGCAAUAGUUCGGCACCCAGUCCUAAAGAGGAGAAGAGCCAUCUUACCUUCUCACCGAACACGAUUAAGGUACCUAAGGUGGAACCAGAAGAGCCCGUUGUCAAGAAACCACUAGAAGAAGCCACACAAAUGGUCAUCUAUGUGCGAAAACAGGACAAGCAUGUAGUGAAGGAUUUAUUGAAGGACUUGGACACUAGCAAACUGAAGCCAACCACCACGCCUACGCCAACUCAAACCGUCAGGAUAAAGGCAGCACAGGAACUAAUUAAAGUCAAUAAUAAAAACUGUUCAAUUCUGAACACGAGCCAAAAAGUAACGCAACAAUUAGGAACUAAAACCAUUAUUUCCGGCAAUAUCCAUAUAUUAGACGCACAGCAAUCUAGAACAAUUUUAGCAAAUAGUAACAAGAGUCAAGCGACAAUACUAAUUGACAACUCGUCGUUGAACAAUAAUAGGCAAAUAAUUAAGACUUCGGUUAACGGAGCGUUUACGGUGGACGCGAGCCAAGCGAAGUUUGUAAACACGACAACCAAGCACACUGCCGGAGUGGGGGAGUUCCCCAAGCCCGCGUAUUCAUACUCUUGUCUGAUCGCGAUGGCGCUGAAAAACUCGAGGACCGGUAGUUUACCCGUGUCAGAGAUUUAUAACUUCAUGUGUCAACAUUUCCCUUAUUUCAAAACGGCACCAAAUGGCUGGAAAAAUUCAGUACGUCACAAUCUUAGUUUAAAUAAAUGUUUUGAGAAAAUUGAAAAGCCGUCGACAAAUGGCAGUCAAAGAAAAGGUUGCUUAUGGGCGAUGAAUCCUUCGAAAGUUGGGAAAAUGGAUGAGGAAGUUCAAAAGUGGUCACGGAAAGAUCCUCAGGCUAUUAAAAAGGCGAUGGUUUAUCCAGAAAGCUUAGAAGCGUUAGAACGGGGCGAGAUGAAGUACAGCGGAGCGGCAGGAGACGCAGAAGACGACGACGCAGAUGUAGACCCCGACGCCGAGCUCGACGCGGACGUUGAGAUCGACCCCGAGAUCAAGACCGAGGUGGACGAGGAGGAGAUUAUCGAGCAGGAGGUGUCGGACCAGGAGCUGGAGGUGGAAGAGGUGGCGGGCACGGGCAUGGUGGGCGGCACCUACCGCCUGCUGGCCGCGUCCGGCGCGCUGCACGAGUACCUCGAGCCCGACGACGACGAGCUCAGCGACAUCGAGGUGAGUCCACCCUGGCCUGUAUACCGUGUUGCAGGUGUCAGACAGGAGCUGGAGGUGGAGGAGGUGGCGGGCACGGGCAUGGUGGGCGGCACCUACCGCCUGCUGGCCGCGUCCGGCGCGCUGCACGAGUACCUCGAGCCCGACGACGACGAGCUCAGCGACAUCGAGGUGAGUCCACCCUGGCCUGUAUACCGUGUUGCAGGUGUCAGACAGGAGCUGGAGGUGGAGGAGGUGGCGGGCACGGGCAUGGUGGGCGGCACCUACCGCCUGCUGGCCGCGUCCGGCGCGCUGCACGAGUACCUCGAGCCCGACGACGACGAGCUCAGCGACAUCGAGGUGAGUCCACCCUGGCCUGUAUACCGUGUUGCAGGUGUCAGACAGGAGCUGGAGGUGGAGGAGGUGGCGGGCACGGGCAUGGUGGGCGGCACCUACCGCCUGCUGGCCGCGUCCGGCGCGCUGCACGAGUACCUCGAGCCCGACGACGACGAGCUCAGCGACAUCGAGGUGAGUCCACCCUGGCCUGUAUACCGUGUUGCAGGUGUCAGACAGGAGCUGGAGGUGGAGGAGGUGGCGGGCACGGGCAUGGUGGGCGGCACCUACCGCCUGCUGGCCGCGUCCGGCGCGCUGCACGAGUACCUCGAGCCCGACGACGACGAGCUCAGCGACAUCGAGGUGAGUCCACCCUGGCCUGUAUACCGUGUUGCAGGUGUCAGACAGGAGCUGGAGGUGGAGGAGGUGGCGGGCACGGGCAUGGUGGGCGGCACCUACCGCCUGCUGGCCGCGUCCGGCGCGCUGCACGAGUACCUCGAGCCCGACGACGACGAGCUCAGCGACAUCGAGGUGAGUCCACCCUGGCCUGUAUACCGUGUUGCAGGUGUCAGACAGGAGCUGGAGGUGGAGGAGGUGGCGGGCACGGGCAUGGUGGGCGGCACCUACCGCCUGCUGGCCGCGUCCGGCGCGCUGCACGAGUACCUCGAGCCCGACGACGACGAGCUCAGCGACAUCGAGGUGAGUCCACCCUGGCCUGUAUACCGUGUUGCAGGUGUCAGACAGGAGCUGGAGGUGGAGGAGGUGGCGGGCACGGGCAUGGUGGGCGGCACCUACCGCCUGCUGGCCGCGUCCGGCGCGCUGCACGAGUACCUCGAGCCCGACGACGACGAGCUCAGCGACAUCGAGGUGAGUCCACCCUGGCCUGUAUACCGUGUUGCAGGUGUCAGACAGGAGCUGGAGGUGGAGGAGGUGGCGGGCACGGGCAUGGUGGGCGGCACCUACCGCCUGCUGGCCGCGUCCGGCGCGCUGCACGAGUACCUCGAGCCCGACGACGACGAGCUCAGCGACAUCGAGGUGAGUCCACCCUGGCCUGUAUACCGUGUUGCAGGUGUCAGACAGGAGCUGGAGGUGGAGGAGGUGGCGGGCACGGGCAUGGUGGGCGGCACCUACCGCCUGCUGGCCGCGUCCGGCGCGCUGCACGAGUACCUCGAGCCCGACGACGACGAGCUCAGCGACAUCGAGGUGAGUCCACCCUGGCCUGUAUACCGUGUUGCAGGUGUCAGACAGGAGCUGGAGGUGGAGGAAGUGGCGGGCACGGGCAUGGUGGGCGGCACCUACCGCCUGCUGGCCGCGUCCGGCGCACUGCACGAGUACCUCGAGCCCGACGACAACGAGCUCAGCGACAUAGAGGUGAGUCCACCCUGGCCUGUAUACCGUGUUGCAGGUGUCAGACAGGAGCUGGAGGUGGAGGAGGUGGCGGGCACGGGCAUGGUGGGCGGCACCUACCGCCUGCUGGCCGCGUCCGGCGCGCUGCACGAGUACCUCGAGCCCGACGACGACGAGCUCAGCGACAUCGAGGUGUUAGAUCAAUCCUAUGAAGAAAUCGAUAUAGACGUAACAAAACCUAUGAAGUUGGACCUAUCAGUCACAGAAAAUUAUACAAUUCAUUCCGCGAAGAGGGCGAAGACGAACUUCAUCUACCAGCCGGUGGCCACGCAGGCGCACACGAGCCGGCGGAAAACGCCGCUCGUCAACCGCGUCGCGCUCAUCUAGAGCUCCACACACACACACACACGCGGUCGGCACGGUAGGUAGUUUAGCGUAGGCGAACCAGUGAUCGUUCUGUUCCAUUAAAUUUUAAAUAAUGUCAAAUUCGAAUUGUAAUAAUUAAGUCGAGCGUGUGGUGCCCGUUUUUGGCACGUAAAAAGUAUGCCCGUAGUGUGAGGCCGUUUCGAGAGCGGACACUUGUUACAUAUCUUACACUGUAUAUUAGUUUAGCUUAAGGUGAAUUCGAAGCUCGCUGACCGCCUCGGCGUUAGAUAGUGAGGUCCGUGAAACUUUCAAAAAAAAUAUUAUAGUGUUCAAACGUAGGCGAUAUGAGUAUGAAAUGUUCCCAUAAUAGUUAGUAAGGAGCCGUGUCGCGGCCGCAUUGUGAGUACAAAACCGUUUCAGCUACUGUAUUGACACUUUUAUAUGUUUACUGAAUAAUUCCGUUACGUAGCAUUUACAACUUUGGCUAAAAAGGGAAUUAGUAGUUAUACAGUAAACAGCAGAGCAUCAGAAUUUACUAAAUGAAAUAACACCAAGUAUAAUAAAUAAGUAAUUUAAUAGUAUUAGUGACCAAUUCAUUCCAUCGGCAACGACUUCUGUACUUCUUUACCAAUUUGCUCGUAAUCAGUUGAGCCUCAUUGACAUCAGUUGAUUGAUAUAGAUAAAGUCUCGGUACAGUAGCGCGUACGCGCACCAUAGCGGGUAUUAAAUAAGUUCCCACCGCUAUUACAUUUAUUUCUACUUUACAUAAGACAGUUGACACUGGCAGCUCUAGUCUGUUAAGCAUUAUAGUGCCAAAUACUGUUCUACGCGGUAAACAAUAAUUAAGUUGUGUUAUGUCUAUCUGUAUACGAGUACUGCGGUGGCAGCAUGGUUCCAUUGUUAUCGCCUGUCACUAUGCCCGUCACUUUGACAGGCGAUCAAAAUGCGACCGUGCUACCAUCGCUGGAACAACUAUGUGGCACUAUACCGUUUUACUUGUAACCUCCCAUCACGCAACUCUAUGGUCUUGACAACAACAUGCAAUUAGAUGCUAAGGUCGUGUCACGGAAAAUGCAACGUGGUUCAAUAACUACGUCUUGUAUUUGUAUGACUCAGUAUUUGCGUGAGUCAGUACUCAGACAAAUAUAUAGAGCAAUGGACUUCUAUACCAGUUGGUAUUGGUAUAAGCUCUAUGCAAACAAUACAUUCAAUAUUUGCCUUGUUUUGACUUUUUACUCAAAGCAUUACUGUUUAGUUGUAAAGGCAAAUAAAAGACGAGCGAUGAUGGAAGGUUUUUACCAAAACAAAUGACUCUUCUCUGAGCCUUUAGCCCGGGAUUGUACCUGUCCCAACUCCUAGCUUGGCCGGGAUCAGAAAUGACUCAUUUUUAUACAAUACCUCUCUUUGAUUAAUUAAGACUAUUACGUAUGUGACGUUAUUGUGUUUGUUCUUUGUUAAGUGUUUCUCGUACGAGUAAAACAACAAGUUUGUCAAUAAAUACGCCGGCUAAUCAUGUCAAUAUAUAAGCUAUCUAUAGGUCAUUCCAGGCGAUAUCUUAUGAAAUAGGUAGGGUGUGCUCAGUUAAAUCUUCUAGUCGGCAGCAUACGUUCUAAAUAUAAAGAUACGGAUGCGUUUGUCAGCUAGCCCUGCUGUUGUGCCUAGAUUCUGUUAUUUAUGACGUAUUGAAGAAUAACCAUGCAUUAUUCCCAACUCUAUUGUGUUGGUAUUUUCAAGCAUCUUCAGGAUCAGGAUAUUCAUAUAUCUAAUCUCUGUAAUCGUAAUAAAUAACAGCGACUAGUUUCAACAUCAAGUCUUCCAGGCAAUAGAAAAAUACUUUCAAGAAAGUGCUUUUACAGAACUGAAUAGAAGUUUGUAUAGACUUUUCCAGUAGUAUUUUAAGUGAUUGAAAUGAGGUGCAAAAUUAUAUUAAGGUUGUGUUGAUAACGGUAGAUCUCAUGUCUUUAAGAUUGGUCUGUUACGAAAAAGCACACCCCUAGUCCAAUGCAUUUAAACACGUUACGCGGUAGGGACGAGUGACCUGUCAUUGAAGUUCAAGACUAUUUGUAGUACAAGUGUGUUACAAGCGCUAUUGUUGUACCUACGGAAUACAAUCGUUAUAAGUAAUAUAUAUUUGGCCGGAAACCUUAAUUAGAAACAUCUGAAUAAAUACUCUAUUGUCAAGAAGUUGAGUUCAGAUAUUUCUGAUCACCGAUGCUAUGGCGACCGUAGGUAGGUACCGUGACGAUGACGACACACUUGCAAUGCAAUACUUUUGACUUAUAUGAUACGGACACAUAAAAUUGAUGAAAUUUCAAGUGAUACGAUGUAAGGAAAAGUAACGUGCAAAUAGGACUUGUGAUUUAUUGGAUGUGAAUGUAUUAGUGAAAUUGUAUUCACAAAGAGAUUGUGUUAAAAAGAGUAAUGGCGUAAUGGACUGACAAGGUCUAAAAUUUAUAAAUAUGAUCGGUUAUAUCUGGCUAAAUAUAUAACUUGCAACUUGCAUUUAUUGUAGUUUUGUGUGUACCUAUAGGUAUAAUUAUAUUCCUUUAUACUGCAUAUAUAUUGUGGCAUUCUUUUCCGCAAACAUCGUUUCGUGCGAGGAAAGUCAAUUGCACAGAACAAUAAUUUUGUAUAACAAUGAAUUCCCGAGAAGCACAGAAUUCGUUUCGUAUCAUUGUUUCAUUUACACCAAUUUACGCACUUUAGCAAGUUUUAUUCAAUUUUCAGUCAGGAUAAAAAAUAUAUAUAUUAAAAAAUUUAGGACAAAAAUAGUUCAUACAAUUAUUUAGUAAAUUGUUAGUCAAUUUUUAGUAGAUUGUUUUUAUCUGUUGAGCAUCUUUGCAAUUGUUUAUAUUUUUGUCAAUGUUUCUCAGAAGCUCAGAAGAAUCCACCUGCACACACUGUUGUCAAGGAUGCGUGUUACUACAUUACAACACGCAUUACUCUAUACGCCUAUUACUCUUUAACGGUAAAUAUGUAAGUAGGUAAUUAGAUUAUGGCCCAAGUAACAAAUCUGUCUUGAAGGGUAGCGGCGGUUGCGCACGAUUCGUUUUAAGGCGUAAAUAUGUAAUCAUCUAGGACCAAAAAACAGCUCGUCUGUUCGUCGUGCAGUGCACAGCCGCCCUAGUUUAUGGAUGUUGGUUAAUCUGAAUGUUAAAGGGAAAUGUAACUUGUAGGACUAAAUAUUGAAAUCACCAGCGUUCUGGGGUCGGAACGCAACAAGACUUUGUUAGGUGCAUACUACUAUUAUUAUUGACAUUAUUAAUAAAAUUUCAAUAGCGUGCAAUGUGUAAAUAUAUUUAGCGGGAAAUAAUUUGCUUAUUGUAUUAAUAACACUGCGUAUGUUUGUGAAUUUUUAUUGAUAAUAAAUUAAUACAUAAAUACUAUUUUAGGUACACUUACGUGUUUAUGAAUUAUGUGUAAGCAAAACAGUUGCUAAAAAAAAGAUAAUUUUGUAUUACAUGAAGGUAAACCCCACUUUUCGUAAUAUAUAAAUAUGCAAUGUAGAACGAAAUUGUUGCAAAAUGGCGUAUUGGAUGUAUCUAGUGGAACUGCUUCAAAAAGAAAUGCCAAGAAUCUGAACGUUUAAUAUUGGACUUCCGUAAAGUGAAUAAUGAAGCAAUGUAACGUAUCUCUAACCAAUUUUGUAACAUAAAAUAGAAUUUGUAUUUUUCCACUGCCAGUAUUUCAACAUCCAUGUAAAAUAUGAUUAAAUAAAAUAAAUAGUUUGUAAGACAGCAGUAGCAAUUUAAAUGUAGGUUUAUUACUAAAUAAAUAAUGUAAGAAUGCCGAGUCGAAUAUGAUUUUUUAAUAACAUUUUUGUAAUAAAAAUGAAAUUCAA